AUGGGAGAAGCUGCUAGUGCUGCACGUCAUGAAUUCGCCACAGUUUUAUCCUCUCACGUCGUCAUAGGUGCUGUGGCGACACUUUCACUAGUAUUGAGGUUCACCGCUCGAAGGAGAGGUGGUAGCCUCUACGGCUGGGAUGACUGGCUCUGUCUCGUCGCCGGGCUUUGCAUGUGGGGUGACUUCGUUAUGACCAUACUCGAAUACCGUCCGUACCUUCGAGAAGUCGAUAUGGAGGAACUAAGCAUCCCAAACCAAAGUCUUCUCAAGCAGCUGUCAUUUGGAUCCAUCUUCUUCACUUCAGCUUGUGAAGUCAUCGCAAGACUGUCCCUCAUCUUCUUAUACUAUCGCAUUUUCAGCAUCAAGAAGUGGCUUGGAUGGACGCUCAAGAUAAUAGGAGGCUUGUCUAUUGCAUGGCUCGUCGUGGCCAUCGCAGUUGUUAUCUUCCAAUGCAAGCCAAUUGCCGCCGUCGUCGACGCGUCGAUCGAAGGGGAGUGUAUGGAUAAUCAAUUGGGGUUCGUCUUCGCAGAGGCCGUCAAUCUCCUCCUAGACUUGGCUUUGGUUCCCUUGCCUGUGAGGACUAUCUGGAAGCUGCAAUUGCCCUUUGCUGAGAGGCUUGGUGUCGCCGUCAUCUUCCUGACGGGUUUGGCGGUCAUAAUAACUCAAAUACUUCGAAUGAUAUUUGGGUACAAUCCCGACACAGGAGGCGACCGGAGUGUCACGUCUCUAUCACGGCUCUCUUUAUGGACUGGUCUUCAUCUCGGUUUUGCUAUAAUUUGCGCUUGCUUGCCGGUCCUACGUGUCUACCUUCCAGCGGACAAAUGGAUAUCCAACUCUCACCUAGGAAACCUCUACAAUAGCUUCUCAGAAUGGAUAAGU